ACAUGCCGUACAAUUUCGUGUUUGCCAGCUUCUGCUCCUCAACUCAUCCUCUCCCAGCUCACCUCACUCGUUCAUUCUUCAGCAUUUAGAGUCACCAUUCCGCCACAUUUCAUAUCAGACCACUCGCAAAUUAGCUCUGCUUGACGCAAUAGCAGUUAGUAGUUUUCUUCAGAAACCAGCCAUCGGCCGAAUUCUCUGGGAGGUACAGCUCAUAAUCACCAUGGCACGGCUGGUCCUUUUCGCGCUUCUCGUAUUCUUCGCGACGUUCGUCGCCGACGCGUCGCCAGCUGACGGCACCAAUUUCGUCGCGCCGAUCCUUCGCAGCGAUGCGCAGCUGCGCCACCCGCAAGCUUCCAGAAACCGCCGGUCGCUCAUGAUCAACGCGACUCCGAAGCGCGACACGCCGUGCGCCUCGAGAAUGACGUGGUGGAACCAGACGGGUUACACCGGCGCGAAGUGGGUGACGUGGCUUCCUAACCCCACAAACGGCUGCCUCAACUUCCCGUCCGCCUACUACCCGUCGACGACGUACGGCUCGAUCAAGAUCGAGUGGUACGCGCCGACGGACGCGAUGAAGAGCGACUGGUACUUCGUCACGUGCAAGCUGAUCCAGUUCUACUCGCAGCGCGACUGCAACUACGGCGUGCAGCAGCUCACGUGCCCCACCGACCGCAACCCGCCCUCGCCCAGCUCGCGAUCCCCCUAUCCCGGCAUUCGCACGCCACUCAAGUCCGUCAGCUGCCAAUACUGGCAGGACGUGAGCAAUCUGUACACGUGUCCGCCCAACAGCCACCUGGACAGCUCGUGGGCGGGCGCCAAGUGCUACUGCAACAAGGGAUUCGCUGAGAAGAACGGCACAUGCGUCGACGUGUGCACGCCGCUCAACUGCGGGCCCAACUCAGACUGCUACGUGGCGAACGGGGCGGGCGUGUGUAACUGCACGGAGGGCUACCGCAUGGUCAAUGGCAAGUGCGAGGCUGUGGGUCAUUCAGACUUCCUCGACCCCCACAAUGCUGCCCGCGCUGCUGUGGGGCUACCAGCUCUCAAAUGGAACGACACUUUGGCAACUGCGGCUCUGACCUGGGUGACACAGCUCGGCACAACAGACACCACUUGCCACACAACCACACGCUCCACUGCCGUCCCGUACGGCCAGAAUCUGCUAGCGACAGGUGGCAUCGGGCAGUGGACCCCGGGCAUGGUCGUGCAAUCAUGGGUGGAUGAGAAGGCUUACUACACGUACGCGCUUCUCAAUGGCGGAUGCGCAACGGGCCAGAUCUGCUCGCAUUAUAUCCAGAUUGUGUCAGGAGCGUCAACAGACGUUGGAUGUGCAUCGUACACAUGUGCGGGUGCAGGCUGGCAGGUAUGGGCGUGCUUCUACUCGCCCAAGGGACUUGUGAAGGGCACUUAUCCGUAUUAGCAUGUGGCUCGUGGGGCACCAUUCGCUCUACUGUAGCAUGCUACCCCUAUCCUAGACCACCCUGUGGUGGCCUUGUACCGUAAUCCCCCGUAUAAAACACCCGCCGGAAUUAAGCUCCCCCGGGUAGCUUGAGCAGGUAUAAGUGUUGAAUUUUUCUGGAUAUACACAACACCCUACUUUCGGACGUGAAAACUUUUGAACACCCCCCUGCC